AGUAGUACACAGAGGUAGCAUUUUUUCUGGCCACCAGUUUAGUGUCCGUCUGCUCGGCAUCCAUCUUCACCCGUUCCGCGCUGCACACCGGAAAAAGUCACAUGACCAUACGUGCCACUGCCUAACACUAGAAGGCCCAGAGAUUUGUAACCCUCCUUUAGCCAAGUGGAUGCUAACUGGCUAAUCUUUUGGCUAUCAUUAGCAUCAAUUCAUGUGUAAAUAUGGUCAUUACCUGAGCAAUCUGCAGGGGGGUUGGGUGUGUGUGUGUGAAUGGUUGCUGGUGGCCUGUUUGUAUGUGUGUGGGAGGGAGGGCUGCUAAUUCCUUUUGUGCUGAGGUCCUGGUCUACAUAUCACCGUUGAUGAACAGCUUUUCCCGUCAAAGACUUGCUGCUGUUUCCUGUAGUAUAUUGCAACUAAACCUGACAAGUUUGGGAUCAAGUUUUGGGUGGCUUGCAACCUAAAAUCCAAGUACAUUUGUAAUGUCCUCCCAUAUCUUGGUCCCAGUGGAGAGAGACUGUCUGAAAAUGUAGUGAUGAGGCUGAUGGAACCAUUCCUAGACAAGGGCAGAAAUGUUACCACAGACAAUUUCUUCACAUCGCUGUCACCUGCGCAUAAACUUCUUAGCCGGAAAACCACCAUCCUCGGCACAGUCAACAAGAUUCUCCGGGAAAUCCCUCAAUCCGCUAGACACACAGAUCGCAAUGAAUUCACCACUCAGGUGUUUUCAACCACUGCUGCUACGCUGACGGCGUAUGCGCCCAAACGGAAGAAGACCGUCUACAUUCUUAGCAGCAUGCACAGCGUGAUUCAGACUGAUAAUACCACCAAAAGGAAGCCAAACACUGUCACCCUUUACAACACCUCAAAGUGCGGCGUGGAUGUGAUGGACCAGAUGGUGCGGGAGUACACUGUCCGCACAGGGACACGGCGCUGGCCAGUUGCCGUGUUCUAUAACAUGAUUGACAUGGCAGCACUGAAUGCACAUGUGCUGUAUCAAGCAUGCACCAGAAGGCAGGAAAGACGGGUGGACUUCCUGGUGGAGCUUGCAAGAGAGUUGGCUAACUCUCAUAUGUGUGCGAAGAAGGCAAGAAAAGAACAAUUGCUUCGGACACAACCCUCCACACCUAGCCCUGGAAAAAGAGCCAUGUGUCAGGUCAAACACCAAUGCAAGAACAAUCAUGCCACUGUGCGAUGUGUUCACUGCUACAGAUACACAUGUGGUAAAUGCAGACGGGAGAUACCAUGGCAGUGCCAGGAUUGUGAGUGAUUGCUGGAAUGUACUCACUCACUUUUUAAUAUUAUUUGUAAAUAUGUAUACAAAUGGUUGGUUUCUUUAUUUUAUUUUGUACUAUUUUUAUCAAUAAAUCUCAGC